AAAGCGGAGAAACGUUUCUUGCACCGUUGCAUUAACCGACCUUCCUUUCCCUUCUCCGCUCGCGCCUGUGGUCAAUGGAAGAUGAAGUCCUCCAUAGGGUUUUGGAAGGAGGAGGCAGAGACUACUACUACUCCUCCACCUCGUCCCCACCUCCAUCCUCGUCCGCCACCUCCUCUUCCAUCCUUCAAGCCCUACCUCUCCACGUUCCUUUCGAUCACGGAUAUUAUCUGCUGGUGAAGGCCAUUCAGGAGCUCCGCGAGAAGAAAGAAGGACAUGUCGUCACGGUCGGAAUCGGUGGCCCCAGCGGAUCCGGCAAAACCAGCUUAGCGGAGAAGGUGGCAUCGGUCCUCGGCUGCUGCGUUGUCAUCUCUAUGGAGAAUUACCGCAAUGGAGCUGAUGAUGGGAAUGACUUGGAUUCCAUAGAUUUUGAUGCCCUCGUGCGCAAUCUCCAUGAUUUCGUAAAUGGCAAGGAAACCCUGAUACCAUUGUUUGACUUCCAAGAGAAAAGACGGAGUGGUUCGAAACUAUUGAAGAUUUCUUUGUCUGGGGUGGUCAUUGUUGAUGGUGCCUAUGCUCUCCAUUCGACACUACGAUCUUUGCUUGAUAUCAGGGUUGCUGUGGUUGGCGGUGUUCAUUUUAGCCUCCUUUCUAAAGUUCGACAUGACAUUGGAGAUUCUUGUUCGUUGGACUACCUCAUUGAUAGCAUAUUCCCUUUGUUCAGGAAACAUAUCGAGCCAGACCUCCAUCAUGCCCAGAUUAGAAUCAACAACAGCUUUGUAUCAUCUUUCAGAGAGCCUUACUAUAAAUUGAAAUGCAAAAGUGAGUCUCCGGAUGGACACACAAUUUACUCAUUUGAUGGAAGUAGAGCAGAAACUGAGAACUAUAUUGAGAUGUACCUUCGACCUCCAUUUGCAUCUGAAGAAGCAAAGAUAAAUGAGUGGAUAAAGGUCCGACAGAGUGGUAUAAGGUACUAUCUGUCACUAGGUGAUCAGAGGAUUGUUGACAAGAACUUCAUCAUUCGACCAAAAGCUGAGUUUGAGGUUGGAAGGACAACACUAGGUGGUUUGCUUGCUUUAGGUUACAAUGUUGUUGUUAGUUACAAGCGUGCAUCUACAUCAGUCAAUAAUGGUCAAAUUUUGAUGGUAGUGGAGAGCAUUGACACUCUCAAUGAGACAUUCUUGGUGUUGAAGGGUACAAGCAGGAAGGUCAUUGGAGCAGAAGCUUUAAGACUGGGUAUCAAGGGGCCAUGGAUCACUAAGUCCUAUUUGGAAAUGAUUCUAGAAAGCAAAGGUGUACCGCGUGUUAAUACACCACCACCUUUGUCUAGCACACUUUUAACUGGAAGUCAAGAAAGGACAAUUGCUGCACCCAGACCAAUACGCUUGUCUACAACUAUUGCUCCCAAACCUGAGGAUGUUACACAGCCAUGGACUAGGUCUCCAACAAAGUCCGAUAUGGACCCUGUAGUAACGACAUGGAAUUUCAUCUCAGAUUCUUCUGCUUUAAGGGGUAACCUCCAGCUUGCUCCAUUGCCUGAUUCAUAUGACUUGGAUAGGGGUUUGCUUCUUUCUGUUCAAGCAAUCCAGGCAUUGUUGGAGAACAAGGGCUUCCCAGUUAUUGUAGGAAUUGGAGGUCCAAGUGGAUCGGGCAAAACAAGCCUGGCUCAAAAAAUGGCAAAUAUAGUUGGCUGUGAAGUAAUCUCUUUAGAAAGUUACUACAAGUGUGAACAAGUGAAGGACUUUAAGUAUGAUGAGUUUAACUCCUUGGAUUUAUCCUUGCUGUCGAAGAAUAUUAAUGACUUGAGAAACUGUCAUAAGGCAAAAGUUCCUUGCUUUGAUUUUGAGAAUUGCAGUCGAAAUGGAUUCAAGGAGCUUCAAGUUUCUGAGGACUGUGGGGUGGUGAUUUUUGAAGGGGUAUAUGCAUUGCACCCUGAUAUACGGAAAUCACUCGACUUAUGGAUUGCUGUUGUGGGUGGAGUACAUUCACAUCUUAUUGCAAGAGUUCAAAGGGACAAGAGUCGUGUUGGCUGUUCUAUAUCUCAGAAUGAAGUUAUGACAACAGUAUUUCCUAUGUUUCAGCAGCAUAUUGAACCACAUCUUGUACAUGCACAUCUCAAAAUUCGAAAUGAUUUUGAUCCUGUACUUUCUCCCGAAAGUUCACUAUUUGUACUGAAAAGCAAUAAGCAGGUGACAUACCAAGAUAUAUUGAAGUUACUCGACCCUGGCAAAGUUUGCAGCUCUGUGCAGAAUUUCAUUGAUAUAUAUUUAGGGCUCCCUGGAGCAUUUUCGAAUGGGCAGGUAGCAGAAAGUGAAUGCAUACGUGUUAGAAUUUGUGAAGGAAGAUUUGCAUUGUUGAUACGAGAGCCAAUAAGGGAAGGAAACUUUAUUAUACAACCAAAAGUGGAUUUUGAUAUCAGUGUUACUACUGUUGCAGGUCUUCUUAAACUUGGUUAUCAAGCAGUUGCAUAUAUUGAAGCUUCUGCAUUAAUUUACCAAGAUAAAAAGAUACUUAUUGAGGUUGAUCAUCUACAAGCUGCUCCCUCUCCUUACCUUCAAAUAAAAGGAACAAAUAAGGAAGUAGUUGCAGCUGCUGCUUCAACUCUUAGUUUGGAUGGUUCAUACACGACCAAGAGUUAUCUUCAAAUUAUUCUUGAAACUUUGCCAGCUUUUGAGAAAAAUUCCUUGGGAAUUCAUAAUCAACAAGCCGCUAGACUGCAGGAACUUGUGGAGUUCAUUCAAUCCCAGAGCAUUAUGCAGGCAGGAAAUUUGAGUUCAGAAUGUUCUCCAAGCAAAGGAAUUUCAUCAACAGAGUGCAUAAUUGAAGAUCUACAAUCUAGGAUCAAGAAGCUAGAGAGGUGGAAUACAGUCAAUUUGGUUUUCUGGACCUUUUUGUUGUCUGCUUUUGUUGGUUAUUCACUGUACCAAAGGAAGCGUCACUGACCAGGAUUACUAACUAAACUGACAGCAGAGAAUUUACAUGAUCUACAAACAGAUUUGCAUCUAUGAGGGCCUCAAAUCCUAAGAGGUUUUGAGGGCGCUUGCCACCUUGGAGGUGACGUGGAGGAUGUAUAUGACUCCCAUAAUCUAGAUUGGCUUUCUUUCAAAUGACCUUUAUGCUUCCUCAGCAUGAUUGUAUUUGGAACAUUCAUGUGGCACUCACCCUGCUUAUCACAAUCCUGAGAAAAUUUUCGGUGACAGAAUUAAGCACCAGGAUACAGAAUGUUGGGCAAGCCAUUUACCAACUGCAAAUUUUCAGCUAUUCUAAUCUAUUGCAAAGGAGAGAACAAGUCCUAGUGCCAGAAAGUAUAUUUUCUUGCAGAUUUGACGUUAGGGGAGAAGGGUUUUCAUCGAAAAUGUCACUGUUUGCUAUUUAGUUUUUUUAAAUUUCAAACUCAAGACUCUAGCUAUUCUGCUGACCAGUCUCCUGCGGGUAUUGUAACAUGGAAGGAACAAUCUUGGACAUUAACUCAGAAAAUAACCAUUUUUUUUAGUGCAAUGCUAUUGCUAGAACUUCUUUCA